CAACUAUAUUGUGGAAGAAAUACUAGAAAAUAGACUCAACGCCAAGAAAAGGGAAUCAGGCAUGGUGGCUGUCAAGGGGGUGGUAGCGAAUCAAGUACAAGAAGAUACUGAAUUAGUUAGCAACUUGCAUAGCUUAAACUACGCGCUACUCGCCCACUUUACAAGUAGUAUCGAAGAGCAGAACGCGAGUGGAAAAGAAGCUGAAGAAUCUGUCAGAGUGGAAUUGUUGAAUAGUGUAAGUAACAUGCGCAUCAAAUGGGAUGAUACGGUCUUUGGAUUUGCUAAGGAAGGUGGCACUGUUGAUCUCGAAAUUGAUAUAUGUAAAGUGAUGAUUGCAGAUAAGAAUAUCAUCGAUCAGAUUAUAUGUCAAGUCGUCGAUAUCUGUAAUGUUCCUGUAUUACAAUUCUGUGGUUUGGAAUUGCAUAUGCUUGAGGUCUCACUGGUUUGCACCGAGCUUAUGCUGAAGGCGACAAGCAAGAUCUCAGAAUACGAGAAAUUGCGACGAAGGACAGAACAAGAGUUAAUUGAAUAA